AUGGGAAGUCCUCAGUCAGAGUCGCAGGAAGCAAAGGACAGUGUUGGCCCUCCUCCUCCGCCUCCCGAACCAUCGAACGAUGCAGGCAUUGUGCCAUCUAUCAAGAGUCCUGACCUCGAGGGCAUCGAUCAUCUCACUCCUGAGAAUGUUGAUAUCUUUACACUCGACCCUGUCGCCGCUCUGAAGCUACUGUGCAGGGGCACUCAGCUCCUCGUGGACAUGACUGGUGAUGUCCCACCAACACCAGCGAUUAGAAGCCCCGAAGUACCGCUGCCCUCAUUCACGAGCGAUAAGCCUGUAGCCGUACCGAGAAAGCAAGCUCUCCAAGCCUCUGGUUUCUCUUCACACAAUGGGCAAGAGCACAUCGAUGGGGUGCCUUUUCAGCGCACACCUAUCGGUUCACCAGAAGCACAUAUACACGAGCCCAUUGUACACGGCACCACUUCUCAGCCUGCCACAGUGCAGUAUGCUGCUCUCGUGCGGAAAUUCUAUUCAAAGCGGCCCCCACCUAUUUCGCUCGAAGACUACCUAUCACGAUUAAGAAUAGCUAUGAAAGCUUUGGAGGAUUUGAGCUGGCCACAUGGUCGCUUUGCAAAAGUUGGAGGCAUAUCUGAACCUGAGCUGGCUCGUCUCGAGAUCGGCUUUUGCUUCUUAAUGGACUUUGGUUUGAAAGUUGACCCUGGCAUGCUCAUGGAAGAAGCCCAGCAUCUUGUCCGAACAAGCAACAGCAGCGCCAUUGAUGAACACGAUCUCAAUGCGACUGGCUUCUCUCUGACCUUACCAAUCACUCCCAAGAAGGCCUCUACGGCUUCAGAUCGUGAGAACAGAAGUGGCGACGCUUCAGGCACGACAUCUCCUCGAUCCACUGCGGAGAAACGGAAGGCUAGCUCAAGCUUGCCAAUGCGUCCAAUGCAGCAUGUCGGGCAAGGUAUUGGGAUCGCGGGAUAG